AUGGGUAUUAAAACUUGGACCAACGACACCAACUUGAAGAUUGCACGCAGUCCGGUGGGAAGAUGGUUUCGACUGGAGAACUGUGGCCAUCCCCGAGAGAGAAAGGGUGCCUUCUUCUUCAAUGAGUUGCGUGCUGGUCUAGCGACCUUCUUUGCCAUGGCUUAUAUCAUCUCUGUCAACAGUAACAUCACUUCCCUCACUGGAGGAACCUGUGUAUGUCCGCCAGAGAGCAUGUCAGAUCACUGCGCUACAAACUCGGAGUAUCUUCUUUGUACGCAAGAGAUCAAACGUGACUUGGUAACGGCAACUGCAGCGAUCGCUGCCCUUUCCACGUUUUGCAUGGGUCUUUUCGCCAAUCUCCCCAUCGCGCUGGCUCCUGGAAUGGGCCUGAAUGCUUACUUCGCAUAUACAGUUGUGGGCGAACGUGGCUCUGGUAUGAUUCCAUACCGAGUAGCCUUAACCGCUGUUUUUGUCGAGGGCUGGGUAUUCUUUGGAUUGACGCUUCUUGGUAUGCGUCAAUGGUUGGCACGUGCUCUGCCAGCUUCGAUUAAGCUAGCGACAGGCUGUGGUAUUGGAUUGUAUCUCGCUCUCAUCGGGUUGACAUAUAGUGCUGGAAUUGGGCUGGUACAGGGUGCAACGGACACGCCUAUUGAGCUGGCAGGGUGCGCUUCUCAGUAUAUCGAUGCAGAGACCAAUCUGUGUAUAACCAGUGAGAAGAUGCGAAGUGCCACAAUGUGGGUUGGCAUUUUCUGCGGUGGUAUUUUCACUGCACUUUUGAUGAUGUAUCGCAUCAAGGGUGCUGUGAUCAUUGGAAUAUUGCUUGUUUCAAUCAUUUCAUGGCCUCGGACCACCCCUGUCACCUACUUCCCAUACACAGAACUAGGAACCAGCAUGUUCGACUUCUUCAAGCAAGUCGUCACUUUCCAUCCGAUCAAACAUAUCCUUGUUGCGCAAGACUGGAACAUAUCCGGUCACGGAAGUCAAUUCGGCCUCGCCUUUAUUACCUUCCUAUACGUGGAUAUUCUGGAUACCACAGGUACUAUGUACUCUAUGGCUCGGUUUGCAGGCACUGUCGAUGAGCGAACUCAAGACUUUGAAGGAAGUGCGGCCGCCUAUAUGGUUGAUGCGAUUUCCAUUUCAAUCGGCUCUCUUCUUGGUAGUCCACCAGUGACUGCCUUCGUGGAAUCAGGGGCUGGAAUUUCCGAAGGCGGCAAGACAGGUCUUACAUCCUGUAUGACUGGCAUCGCUUUCUUCAUCUCCGUAUUCUUUGCACCAAUUUUCGCGUCGAUCCCAGCUUGGGCAACAGGAUGUACACUCGUGAUUGUUGGCGCCUUAAUGGCAAAGGCAGCUGCUGAGAUCAACUGGAGGUACUAUGGCGAUGCAAUCCCCGCCUUCCUCACUAUUGCUAUCAUGCCAUUCACAUACAGCAUUGCGUACGGACUGAUUGCAGGCAUUCUCAGUUAUAUCGUCCUAAACGGAACUGCAUGGAUUAUCGAGAAGGCCAGUGGCGGUCGCAUUGUUCCCCCAAAUAAAGAGGAAUCGGACCCGUGGUCUUGGAAAGUUCCCGGGGGUAUCUUGCCGCCAUGGGUUAAGCGUGCUGCGAAGGGCCAGAAAGACUUUUGGAGGCGGGAUGAAGAGAGCUUCAAUCUUGAGGAGUCUGGUUCCUCCAGCUCGGUGGAGCAGGAACGCGUGACCGUCGAGAAGCCUCAAAACGCAGGCAACCUUUAA